UGCGUCCUCAUUGAAUGCACACAUGUACACAAACAGCGAGCAGGCACUGUUUGGCUUCAGUGGACAGCUGAGAUAGUGACGUGACGACAAUAAGUGUUCCUCAGGAUUACACAUCUAAUGUUUUAAUGAACGUAUAACCUACAUGCAAGUUGCAGAAUAACGGUAGCCUACCCUAGAUUAGAAUAACGCGAGACGCAAGCUAGCUAGCAGACUACCUAAUUUUUGAAAGCAGUGAACACCACCACCACCUGUUGUCAGAGUUCAGCUUUGCUUGUCUGAUCAUGAGUUCAACAUGCGCCUGUGACAGUUCGGAGGGAUCUAAGUUGUGGGGAGGGAGAUUCGCUGGUGGUACGGAUGCCAUCAUGGAAAAAUUCAACGCCUCAAUUGCAUAUGACCAAAGAAUGUGGGACGCAGACAUCAGGGGCAGCAAAGCAUAUGUUUUGGCGCUGCAGAAGGCUAACCUGGUGACAGAAGAUGAGAUGAGCCAGAUUGUCUCUGGUCUGGAUCAAGUUCAUGCAGAGUGGUCUCGGGGUUCCUUUCAAAUUAAAUCAGGAGAUGAAGACAUCCACACAGCUAAUGAACGACGGCUUAAGGAGCUGAUUGGAGAAGCAGCAGGCAAGCUGCACACUGGGAGAAGUAGAAAUGAUCAGGUUGUAACGGACAUGAGACUAUGGUUACGGGAUGCCAUAGGUAUUGUGAAGGGUCAUGCCUUACAGCUAAUUACUGCCAUGGUGGACAGGGCCUCCAGGGAGAUAGACAUUGUUUUCCCUGGGUACACACACAUGCAGAGGGCUCAACCAAUCAGAUGGAGCCACUGGAUUAUGAGCCAUGUAGUGGCCUUGAGUAGAGAUGUGGAGAAACUCGAUGAAAUGCGCCGGCGAGUUAAUGUACUGCCUCUUGGAAGUGGCGCCAUAGCAGGGAAUCCAUUCAACAUUGAUCGCAAACUCCUUUGUAAAGAACUGGCCUUUGAUUCAGUCAGUAUCAACAGCAUGGAUGCUACAGCAGAAAGAGAUUUUGUUGCUGAGUUCCUCUUCUGGGCAUCUUUAAAUCUCACCCACCUCAGUAAGAUGGCAGAAGACCUUAUUAUCUACAGCACCAAAGAGUUCUCCUUCGUUGCACUGUCCGAUGCUUACAGCACCGGUAGCAGCCUGAUGCCCCAGAAGAAGAAUGCCGACAGCCUGGAGCUUAUUCGCAGCAAGGCUGGACGCGUCUUCGGAAGAUGUGCAGGUUUCCUUAUGACAUUGAAGGGCCUGCCCAGCACCUACAAUAAAGACUUACAGGAGGAUAAGGAAGCCAUGUUUGAUGUGUAUGACACAGUUGAAGCUGUUCUCCAGAUAGCCACAGGUGUAAUGGCCACACUGACGGUGAAUAGCAGUGAAAUGAACGCUGCUCUAAGUCCAGACAUGCUUGCCACUGACCUAGCCUACUACCUGGUCAGAAAAGGGGUGCCUUUCAGACAGGCUCAUGGAUGCUCUGGGAAGGCUGUAGCUCUCGCUGAGUCCAAAAAAGUCCCACUUAAUAAACUUACUCUGGAAGACCUGAACACCGCCAGCCCGCUCUUUGACAGUGAUGUGUCCUCUGUGUGGGACUACAGCAGCAGUGUGGAGCAGUACAGUGCCAUAGGUGGCACUGCCAAGAGCAGCGUGUUGGCACAGAUAGACCAUAUGAAAACCUGGCUGGAAAAAUACAAGCAGUAACGCACCCUGCCUUGUUAUGAUGAACACACAACACUCACACCACUUAGAUAAUGUGCCUUUAUAAACCCAAACACACACCUAAUGAUAAUAAGUUGGCUUUGUGCUGAGGUGAUUUCUGGUUGCUAUGUGAAGAGUACAUAAAAAUAAUAAUAAUAAUACUGUUACAUGAUUUAAUGCACUCUAGUCUUAAAGGAAAGUUGUUGAAAGUGCAAUGUAAACUUUUGCGUCCCAAGUUUCAGGGUUCUGAUUGUUAAGUUAUGGUUUUACUGGAUUUGUUGAUUCUUUGCACCUGUGCUUUUAUUAUCAAAAACAUUUAGAUUGACAAGUUUAUGCUGCAAAUAAAACACUGAAGUCUUGCAUUACA